UUAUAAACAUAACCUGAAAAUAAUAUAUUUGAUUUAAUAUUAUCAAGCUCAAUACUCAAAAGUAAAAUAAAUCGUAAAGUACAGUAAUCGUUAGUCAACUGUAAAAAUAACAAUAUGUUUUUGUCAUUCCUGAAUUGUUCAAAAUGGUUGAGAUCAUAACUAUUGUAACAAUAAUUUUAACACUAAAUGUUGUAACAAUUUUUGGUACCAAAACUGAUGGAUAUGUUGUUUAUUGUCCGUGUAUGGGUAGAUUUGGAAAUCAAGCUGACCAUUUUUUAGGGUCAUUAGCCUUUAGUAAAGGAAUAAACAGAACACUCGUAUUGCCGCCAUGGGUUGAGUAUCGAUAUGGGGAAAUGAGAUCUAUUCAAGUUCCUUUUAAUGUAUACUUUAAUGUUGAUUCUUUAAAAGAAUACCAUCAAGUAGUAACAAUGGAAUAUUUUAUGAAAAAUAUUGCCCAGGAAAUUUGGCCUCCACAUGAAAGAAUUUCAUUUUGCUAUACACAAAGAAUUGGAGAAAUACAAAACAGCUGUAAUGCAAAAUCUGGAAACCCUUUUGGUCCAUUCUGGGAUACUUUUCAAAUAGAAUUUGUAAAAUCUGAAUUUUAUGGCCCUCUUAAUUAUGAUGCCCAUAAUGUUAACAUGAUGGAAUUGUGGAAAAAAACAUAUCCUCCCUCUAAGUGGCCUGUGUUAGCAUUUACUGGUGCACCAGCAAGUUUUCCAGUUCAAUCAGAAAAUGUUAAUUUACAACAAUAUGUUACUUGGAAUGAUGACAUUAUUAAUAAAACUAAAGUUUUUAUCAAAAAAAACAUGAGUGGUGGAGGUUUUUUGGGCAUACAUCUGAGAAAUGGACAAGAUUGGGUGAAAGCUUGCCAACAUGUAGCUGACAGUCCAAAGCUGUUUUCAGCACCACAGUGUGUUGGAUAUAAAAAUGAAAGAGGAAAAUUAACACCUUCAAUGUGCCUUCCACAAAAAAGUGAAAUCAUCAAACAAGUUAAAAGAGCACUUAAAAAAUACAAGGAUAUAAAAUAUGUUUUUGUUGCAUCAGAUUCUAAUUAUAUGAAAGAAGAUUUUGAAAAUGCUCUUCAAUAUAUAGAUGUCACUGUACAAAGAUUAAAACCUAGUAAUCCUCAUCUUGAUUUAGCCAUCUUAGGUCAAGCUAAUUACUUUAUCGGGAAUUGUGUUUCAUCAUUCACAGCAUUUGUAAAGAGAGAAAGAGAUGUCAAAGGAUUGCCUUCAGAAUUUUGGUCAUUUCCUGAUAGAAAAAGACCUAAACAUGAAGAGUUGUAAACUCAGUUUAUAUUCAAAAGCAUUAGAUUUUUUUGAUGUCUCUGAAUACUUUGUCUGGAGCAUCAUUAUAACAAUUGCCUAAAUGAUUUUAAGCUUUAUUGAAAUCUAUAUGUAUUACAUAAAUAAAGCUAUGUUUAAAGAAACAGUGUUAUAUUAAUCUUUGACAAUAUUUACUUAGAAUUUUUAAACAGUAUUGUAUACUAUUUUCAUAUUUCUACAUUUUUACCAGGGUAUUUGAUAGUUUAUUUUAUAGAAGAUGACCAUCACCUUCUUAAGCAUCAUUUUAAAAACAAGUGAUAAAACAACUUGCAUUUACUGUAAUUGAAAGCAUAGUGCUUUUCUUUAUAAUAACUA